AUGGCCACGGCCAUCACCAAGCAGGAGGAGUCUGGUGGUGACACUAAGGCUGCUGGGCAGUCCCAGGGAGAUGGCAGCUAUCCAGGGGCAGGGGACACACGGAGGCAUCAGAGGGGACGUGCAGAACACCGGCGGCACACCAUCACCAAUGGCGUGGACUUCAGCAUGCUGAAGCACAUGAAGGAGCUGGAACAGGAGAAGGAUUUCCUGCUGCAAGGUCUGGAGCUGGUGGAGCGCGCCCGGGAGUGGUACCACCAGCACAUCCAGUUCAUGCAGGAACGCCAGAGGCUCCUGGGGAAGAACAAAACCAGUGCUGAAUUCCUCCCUGAGGGCAGCCAGAGCCACCUGGGGCGCCUGGUCCCUAAGCUGCAGGAGGUGAACCGCUGUCUGGGUGACCUCCUUUCCACCACUGGCAAGCCAGCAAACCCCCCCCCAGCUCUGAGCAGGCUGGUCCCUGUGGUGUCCCCAGCCUCAGCAGGCUCCCAGCAAGCCAUCAACAUGCUGAAGGAGCAAAACCGGCUUCUCACCAAGGAGGUGACAGACAAGAGCGAACGCAUCACCCAGUUGGAGCAAGAGAAAUCUGCCCUGAUCAAGCAGCUCUUUGAGGCUCGCGCCCGCAAUAACCAUGAAACAAGCCAGCUGGACUCCACCUUCAUCUAG